AUGGGAUUUGGGAGUUUGUUAGGGAUGAAGAUGAUUGACGUACCGUUGAAGAUUGUUUAUUAUGUUCUUGAUCAUUUUAAUUUUGAAUCUUUGAAGGUGGAGUUUGAUAAUUGUGAAGUUAGUGUUGAUAGUACUGAUGGUUGUUUAAAUCAUAAACUAGUUCAAGAUGAUGUGAAUUUGAAUUUGACUGGUAUUGAUGAUGGGACUGUAAAUUUGGGUGAGGAUGAUCAUAAAAAUAAAGAUGGAGAAAAUGUUGAAGAUUGUUCAAAUAAAACAAAGGAUUCAAAUGAGACUCGAUCAUUGAAAAAUGAUAUUGUUCCAAGUUUUAGUCUUGGAUUUAGUCAGAUUCUGAAGCGUGUUAUUCCAAAUGUUGAUGUUAUUGAUGCUAGUCCAGUUUCUUUUGCACCCCCUUUGGGUACAUUAGAAGGACCAUCAAAACCUGUUUCUGGCAAACCUAAAGAUAUAAAUGAAGAAGCAACAUCAUUAGUGGAUAUCAAAGGAAAGAGACAAAUGAAGUUUUCUUAUGUUUAUAAGUCACCAUUUAAGGAAAGGUUAAUUGAUUUUAAACCUAGUUUGACACAAGUAGAAAAUGUUGUUUGUGAAUGGCUUUUCAAUCUUCAAGGAAAUCCAGGGGAUAUUGUAUUGCCUAUGGAAACAGAUGUUAUUGGUUUUAGAGCUAAUUAUGAAAAUCUUUUUAAAAAAACCCAUUUGCAUGUUAGUGUUCUUGAUUCAUGGUCUCGUACUAAAUCAUCAAGAGAAUUCAGAGAUGUUGUUAAUUCUCCACUCAGAUUGUUCAUGAAUUCUGACACUAUAUGUAGCAAAGAUUUGUUAUGUUCAAUGGAGAUAAUCUUUCUAAGUAAUGGUGGAAGAGUUCUUGGAGUCAGCUACAAUCUGUAUGAAAAUCUAGCUAGGAAUAUGAAGAACAAGAAUCUUGGAAAAUGGGGAACGUGA